AUGGUCGGCCUCCGAGGGAACGCUGUGGCUGGCCUCCUCUGGAUGCUGCUGCUGUGGAGUGGGGGCGGCGGCUGCCAGGCUCAGCGGGCAGGUUGCAAAAGUGUCCACUACGAUCUGGUCUUCCUCCUGGACACUUCCUCCAGCGUGGGCAAGGAGGACUUUGAGAAGGUCCGGCAGUGGGUGGCCAACUUGGUGGAUACCUUCGAGGUGGGUCCCGACCGCACCCGUGUGGGGGUCGUGCGCUACAGUGACCGGCCCACCACGGCCUUCGAGUUGGGCCUCUUCGGCUCGCGGGAGGAGGUCAAGGCAGCCGCCCGGCGCCUCGCCUACCAUGGGGGCAACACUAACACGGGUGACGCGCUGCGCUACAUCACGGCCCUCAGCUUCUCCCCGCGCUCCGGAGGCCGCCCCGGGGACCGCGCCUACAAGCAAGUGGCCAUCCUGCUCACCGACGGCCGCAGCCAGGACCUGGUGCUGGACGCCGCGGCGGCCGCCCACCGCGCUGGCAUCCGCAUCUUCGCUGUGGGCGUGGGCGAGGCACUCAAGGAGGAGCUGGAGGAGAUCGCUUCAGAGCCCAAGUCCGCCCACGUCUUCCACGUGUCCGACUUCAAUGCCAUCGACAAGAUCCGGGGCAAGCUGCGGCGCCGUCUGUGUGAAAAUGUGCUCUGUCCUAGCGUUCGUGUAGAAGGAGAUCGCUUUAAGCACACCAAUGGAGGAACCAAGGAAAUCACAGGUUUUGACCUGAUGGAUUUGUUCAGUGUGAAGGAAAUCUUGGGGAAGAGAGAGAAUGGCGUGCAGAGUUCUUAUGUACGGAUGGGAUCCUUCCCUGUGGUGCAAAGUACUGAGGAGGUGUUCCCCCAAGGUUUACCUGAUGAAUACGCCUUUGUCACAACCUUCCGGUUCAGGAGAACCUCUCGGAAGGAAGACUGGUAUAUCUGGCAGGUCAUCGACCAGUACGGCAUCCCACAGGUCUCCAUCCGGCUGGAUGGUGAAAACAAGGCAGUCGAGUACAACGCUGUGGGUGCCAUGAAAGAUGCUGUCAGGGUGGUCUUCCGAGGUUCCCGGGUCAAUGACCUCUUUGACCGGGACUGGCACAAGAUCGCCCUGAGCAUCCAGGCCCAGAACGUCUCCCUGUACAUCGACUGUGCACUGGUGCAGACACUACCCAUCGAGGAGCGGGAGAACAUUGACAUCCAGGGCAAGACUGUGAUUGGCAAGCGCCUCUAUGACAGUGUGCCCAUCGAUUUUGACCUACAGCGGAUUGUGAUCUAUUGUGACUCGAGACAUGCAGAACUGGAGACUUGCUGUGAUAUCCCCUCGGGUCCGUGCCAGGUGACUGUGGUGACAGAGCCUCCACCUCCACCCCCACCCCAGCGGCCUCCCACCCCAGGCAGUGAACAGAUUGGGUUUUUGAAGACCAUCAACUGCUCCUGCCCAGCUGGAGAAAAGGGUGAAAUGGGAUUUGCUGGCCCCACGGGGCUCCCUGGUCCAAAGGGAGACACAGGAGCCACUGGGCCGGUUGGCGCUCCUGGACCUAAGGGAGAGAAAGGUGAUGUGGGCAUAGGACCUUUUGGCCGAGGGGAAAAGGGUGAAAAGGGUUCCCUGGGCCUGCCCGGCCCCCCUGGGAGAGACGGCAGCAAAGGCAUGAGAGGGGAGCCAGGAGAGCUGGGAGAGCCGGGGCUGCCGGGUGAGGUCGGCAUGCGGGGGCCCCAGGGACCGCCUGGACUCCCCGGACCUCCUGGACAUGUCGGAGCUCCUGGCCUCCAAGGAGAACGAGGUGAAAAGGGAACUCCAGGAGAAAAGGGAGAGCGAGGCCUGGAUGGAUUCCCCGGGAAGCCUGGGGAUGCAGGACAGCAGGGCAGGCCUGGCCCUCCUGGUGUGGCAGGACCCCAGGGAGAAAAGGGUGACGUGGGACCUGCAGGCCCGCCUGGUGUACCAGGCUCGGUGGUGCAGCGAGAGGGCUUGAAAGGGGAACAGGGAGCUCCAGGACCCAGAGGUCACCAAGGCCCCCCUGGGCCUCCAGGAGCUCCGGGUCCAAUAGGCCCAGAAGGCAGGGAUGGACCUCCUGGUUUGCAAGGUCUCCGAGGGAAGAAAGGUGACGUGGGACCACCUGGAAUCCCUGGAUUGCUGGGGCCACAGGGCCCUCCAGGACCACCUGGUGUCCCAGGCCCCCCUGGACCGGGAGGUUCUCCGGGUUUGCCUGGAGAGAUCGGCUUCCCGGGAAAGCCUGGGCCUCCUGGGCCCACGGGACCCCCUGGAAAGGAUGGGUCGAAUGGACCACCAGGCCCACCAGGAACUAAGGGAGAACCAGGAGAAAGAGGGGAAGAUGGUCUGCCUGGAAAACCAGGCCUUCGGGGAGAAACUGGGGAGCAGGGCCUGGCAGGCCGACCUGGAGAGAAGGGAGAAGCAGGCCUCCCAGGGGCUCCAGGCUUCCCAGGUGUGAGAGGAGAGAAAGGAGAGCAGGGAGAAAAAGGUGAACUGGGACUUCCAGGACUGAAAGGUGACCGAGGUGAAAAGGGUGAAGCUGGUCCUGCAGGCCCUCCCGGGUUACCUGGAACUACAUCCCUGUUUACACCACAUCCACGGAUGCCUGGAGAACAAGGGCCCAAAGGAGAGAAGGGCGAUCCAGGCGUGCCUGGGGAACCGGGACUGCAGGGCCGUCCUGGAGAAUUGGGGCCUCGGGGACCUGCUGGACCACCGGGUGCUAAAGGACAAGAAGGUGCACAUGGGGCUCCUGGAGCAGCUGGAAACCCUGGUGCUCCUGGACACGUCGGUCCCCCUGGUCCCAGUGGCCCUCCAGGAAGUGUGGGUGCUCCUGGCCUCAGAGGCCCCCCUGGGAAAGAUGGGGAGCGUGGUGAGAAGGGCUCAGCGGGAGAAGAAGGCAGCCCAGGGCCAGUUGGUCCCAGGGGAGAUCCUGGUGCUCCUGGGCUCCCUGGGCCACCCGGAAAAGGGAAGGAUGGAGAGCCGGGACUCCGUGGAUCACCUGGACUCCCUGGACCCCUAGGAACCAAGGUGAGUGCUUGUCCAAGAAAACUAAAAGUCAGAGGGUCAGACAGCUGUGCACUGGGAGGGCAACGUGUUAAGGGGGAUCGAGGAGCUCCCGGGAUCCCUGGUUCUCCUGGCAGCCGUGGUGACCCAGGCGUUGGGGUUUCUGGCCCUCCUGGCCCUUCCGGACCACCAGGAGACAAAGGCCCCCCGGGAUCACGAGGCUUACCUGGAUUCCCCGGCCCCCAGGGCCCAGCCGGCCGGGAUGGUACACCAGGAAAUCCAGGAGAAAGAGGGCCUCCUGGCAAGCCAGGCCUCUCUUCACUACUGUCUCCAGGGGACAUAAAUCUCUUGGCUAAGGAUGUGUGCAAUGACUGCCCUCCUGGCUCCCCAGGCCUCCCUGGUCUACCAGGUUUUAAGGGGGACAAAGGUCUCCCAGGAAAGCCAGGGAAAGAAGGCACAGAAGGGAAAAAGGGAGACCCUGGACCUCCAGGCCUACCAGGGCCCCCAGGAAUAGCUGGACCACAGGGAAGUCAAGGAGAACGUGGUGCAGAUGGUGAGGUUGGACGGAAAGGUGAUCAGGGUCAUCCUGGAGUUCCAGGUUUCAUGGGCCCCCCAGGGAACCCUGGGCCACCAGGGGCAGAUGGAAUUGCAGGAGCUGCUGGACCACCAGGAAUCCAAGGGUCACCUGGAAAAGAAGGCCCUCCUGGCCCCCAAGGCCCAUCUGGAUUACCUGGAAUCCCAGGAGAAGAAGGCAAAGAAGGCAGAGAUGGAAAGCCAGGUCCCCCUGGAGAGCCGGGCAAAGCAGGAGAGCCGGGUCUACCAGGACCAGAGGGUGCCCGAGGCCCACCUGGCUUCAAGGGACACACAGGCGAUUCUGGUGCACCUGGUCCCCGAGGAGAGCCUGGUGCCAUGGGGCCUCCUGGUCAGGAAGGUUUACCAGGAAAAGAUGGUGACACUGGACCCACUGGGCCACAGGGUCCCCAAGGACCAAGGGGCCCACCGGGCAAGAAUGGAUCACCGGGAUCUCCAGGAGAGCCUGGCCCUUCAGGAACCCCCGGCCAGAAAGGAAGCAAAGGGGAAAAUGGCAGCCCAGGACUUCCUGGCUUCCUGGGUCCCCGUGGGCCUCCGGGAGAACCAGGAGAGAAAGGAGUCCCAGGCAAGGAGGGGGUCCCUGGGAAGCCUGGAGAGCCUGGAUUCAAAGGAGAAAGGGGAGAUCCUGGGAUCAAAGGUGACAAAGGACCUCCUGGUGGAAAGGGCCAGCCUGGGGACCCUGGAAUCCCGGGCCACAAAGGCCACACAGGCCUGAUGGGUCCCCAAGGACCACCUGGGGAGAACGGACCAGCUGGACCCCCAGGGCCUCCAGGCCAGCCGGGAUUUCCAGGACUGAGGGGGGAGUCUCCAUCCAUGGAAACCCUGCGUCGGCUUAUUCAAGAAGAACUGGGGAAACAGCUCGAAACCAAACUCGCCUACCUCCUGGCCCAGAUGCCCCCAGCGCACAUGAAGGCAUCUCAAGGCAGACCCGGGCCCCCAGGGCCCCCUGGAAAAGAUGGGCUUCCAGGUCGGGCCGGCCCCAUGGGGGAGCCAGGUCGUCCUGGGCAGGGGGGUCUGGAAGGACCCUCUGGACCCAUAGGUCCAAAAGGUGAGCGAGGAGCCAAAGGUGACCCAGGUGCACCUGGAGUUGGCCUCCGAGGCGAGAUGGGACCCCCUGGCAUCCCAGGUCAACCUGGGGAACCUGGCUAUGCUAAAGAUGGACUUCCUGGGAUCCCUGGCCCUCAAGGGGAGACAGGACCAGCUGGACAUCCUGGCCCCCCAGGACCCCCUGGUCCCCCAGGCCAGUGUGACCCUUCCCAGUGUGCCUACUUCGCCAGCCUUGCUGCCCGGCCAGGUAAUGUGAAGGGCCCCUAGAGGACUCUGGAAAGCCAGAAGACUGCAGUGGAUUUCUGAAACUUGAACUCAGAGCCCAGUGGGAAGCCAGAGGUCUUGAAAGACUUCAGCCAUGUGUUCCUUUUUUUUCUU